AUGCCUGUGACUUAUAAAAAUUUCGAGCAAUUACAGACUAUCUUGAUGGAUUCAUCAAAUUAUUAUCAAUUCAGUCCGGAUACUGUGAUGGCUACAGUAAACAGUCAUUAUUCAAACUCAACAGAAUCUUCACCAAUGGAAAAUAUGGAAUCACCUGUGUCUGCUCUUUCUCCUUUGAGGGACGAGGAAAAUUUUAAUAUAAAUGAUAGUUCUUUUUUUGAUAACACUAUGGCAAUGGAGAUAGGUAUUCCAAAACUGGUAAUAAUUGACCAACCUAUUGAAAAAUUCAGAUUCAGAUAUAAAUCUGAAAUGUUGGGUACGCAUGGUAGUCUAGCUAGUGCUAAUUCUACAACAAGACGGAAAAAAAAUGCUCCAACUGUACAACUAAAAAACUUCAAUGGAACUGCAAUGAUACGCUGUACAAUUGUGACGAAAAAUGAAGAAAAACGUAUUCCUCAUGCUCACCACCUUGUCAAAAGAGAAGGUAAUUCUGAAAAUGAUAGUCCAUAUGAACUUACAGUCGGCCCAGAAAACGAUUGGACUGCUACAUUCCAUGGAAUGGGAAUUAUUCAUACUGCUAAAAAGCAUAUAAAAGAAGAAUUGAUUAAAAAAAUGCAAGCACAAGCUCUUGAACGAAGUCGACAAUAUGAUUAUACAAUAACCACUCUUAGUGUUCGAGAAGAAACUCAAAUAAGGAUGGAUGCUGACAAUGCAUCAAAAUGGAUGGACUUAAAUAGCGUUGCUUUAUCUUUUCAAGCGUUCAUUUUAAAUGAACAUGCUGUUAUGACUCCAAUUACUCAACCCGUUUAUUCUCACACAAUUAAUAACCUAAAAAGUGCCUUGACUGGAGAAUUAAAAAUUUGCCGAAUUGAUAAACAUACCGGUAGUUGCGAUGGUAAUGAAGAAGUAUUUUUACUUGUAGAAAAAGUUGGAAAAAAAAACAUAAAAGUUAAAUUUUUUGAAAUUGAUGAUAAGAAUAAUGAAAUUUGGUAUGCAUAUGGUAAAUUUUCUGAACUCGAUGUUCAUCACCAGUAUGCUAUUGUAUUUCGUACACCUCCGUAUAAAGACCGAGAAAUAACCAAGUCACGAAACGUAUUAAUUCAGUUGGAACGUCCAACAGACGGUGAUUGUUCUGAACCAGUGAGUUUCAUCUACAAACCAUCUGAUAGCAUAAUAACAAGGAAACGACCAAGAAUGUCUUACUCUGAGAGUACUGACUUGACCGAUAUAAUUCUAUCGGACGCAACAAUGCAAAAAAAUAUUUUUGCUAUCUCUUCAGAUAAUCCAACACGCAGUGAUUUGUCAGCAGAGUUAAAAAAAUUAACUUCUGAAAAAUUACCUUCUGAGGAUUUUCAGCAGUACAUGGAAGAUAUAGAUUAUGAUCUAUUUAUAGAAGAAGCAAAUAACGAAUUGAAUGAUGCCCAUGGCUAUGAUCAAAGUCUGAGUACCGAUGGUACUAAGUAUGUAGAUACUUUGGGCGGUUCUAAUUUUGCAAUUAAUGUAUUGAAAACAGGAUUCAAAGAAGGCAAAGAAAACCAAGAUCUUCGUAAACGUUUAAAAAAAAUGUUAUUAGAACGUACAUCAUAUGGAGAUAGCCCACUCCACUCUGCUCUUAGACAUGGCAAACGUGAACUUGUCAUACAAAUUUUAAAGAUUUUAAGCAGUUCAUCAGAAUUUAGAUGUCUAAUUGAUAUACAAAAUGCUUCUGAUAAAACCCCUCUUCAUUAUGCUGUUACUCUUAAUCAACCAGACAUAGUCCGUACCUUAUUAUCAAUUGGAGCAAAUCCAAAUACCAGUGAUAAUCAUGGCUCGUAUCCACUUCAUGAAGCUGUCAAAAGGCCACAAAAUUAUGAAUGUGUUGAUGCACUUUUAGAUGCUAAAGCAGAUUUUAAUGUAAGAGAUGACACGGGUUGGACUCCACUUCAAGUAGCUGCUGAGUAUGGUUCUUUACGGGCGAUUGCUUCGCUUGUUAAGGCUGGAGUAGAUGUUAAUAGUACCGAAAGAUCAUUUGGACGAACAGCUUUACAUAUCGCCGUUGAGGGAGGUCAUAUUGAUGUUGUUCGCUAUCUUUUAGAGAAGACAGAUAUUGAGGUGGAUAAGCCGAACCUUGGUGGAAACACAGCGCUUCAUUCAGCGGUUGUUAACACUGGAUCUAGAGCAAAAGAAUUGUGUGCAAUUCUUAUAAAACAUAAUGCAAAUCCUAACAUACCAAACGGUCAUGGCCGUUCGUGUUUUGAGGACGAUGAAGAUGAGCAAGAUGGUCAAGAGCGUUUAUUACUUAAACCAGAAAUCGAUCUUAUUAAUAGUGAAACAAAAAUUAAAGAAGAAAUUGAAGAUGACGAUCCACCGCACGGCCAAACAUCUUUUGAUUUAGCUUGUGAUAAUCAUGAGAUAAAAGAUCUACUGAGCAGAGCUAAUAUAGAUAAAACCGAUAAUAUAAUUAUGGAAGAUGUCAAAAAAGAGACACAAGAAGAAGAAGAAGAAGAAGAAGAAGAAGAAGAAGAAGAAGAAGAAGAGGAGGAGGAAGAAGAAGUCGAAGCUUCUGAUACAGAAAAAGAAAAAGAAACGAUAACUGAAUGGUUAGAUGUAGACCAAAUGGCUCAACUUGGAAAUAUAUUGGAUAAAAAUGACGGAUGGAAACCUCUUGCUAAAAAUUUAGACUGCGAUUAUCUUUGGUCUUCAUUAGAUACACGUGGAGCUAGUCCAGCGUUAACUAUUCUCAGUUAUGCUGAUGUUCAAGGAAAUUUAACAAUGCCGAAGCUUUUAAAUUUGUUACACCAAAUGAAACAAACAGAAGCAGCGACUUUUGUUGAAGAUAUAAUCCGUAACCAUAAUCGUAGCCAUUGA